CCUCUUCUUCCGCUUCCGGUCUGUCUUGGUCUUCUCCCAGCCGGCUUCCUUCUGUCUCCAUAACAACGCCCCUUGGAAACAGGACAGGGCCAAAGGAAUUGGUCCUUGCCUUUGAACUCAUUGGGAGUCUCUUGACCUUGGACCCUCUUCUUUCCUUUCUGAGAGGAGGAGGAGGAGGAGGACACUGCCUGCUCAGUCCCAAGGAAACACUCCAAUGUUGGCAAUGUGAUCCUAACUUGAUAGGCUUCAGCUCUUUCAUCUUGUGUUUUGUUUUGGUUUGUCUGUAGGCCCUGCCCAUGUUGUUGGUCCUCCUCUUGGGGAGAAGAUCUGGCAGAAGAGCGAAGGGUUGCUCCAUCCACUUUGGAGGCCCCUGAGAGGCACAGAACAAGGAUGGAAAGGCAAGAAUCAUCAGCCUCCCAGUUACAAACAUUGCCUUCUGCUGUCAAGACAGAGAACCCUUGGAAAAAAGGCCUGGAAAGCAGGAUACCGCUUGGUUCUUCAUCAAAGAGUGGUCCCAACAUGGAGAGACCCAACUCACCUGGACUUGAAGCAGGACUUUCCCAGGAAACCUGGGAAAGAACUACGCAUAAGUUUCUGAGCGUGGACCAUUAUAGUUCAGACCUACAGGGCCAGAGCCUGUUGGGGGAUUUCUUUCCCUUGAAAGAAGAGGGAGGAAAAGUAUCGUGGAUACAGAUUGGUUCUUCACCAAACGGUGAUUGCAACAGGGAGACACCCAACUCACCUGGACCUGAAGCAGGACUUGGGAGCAGUGGGGAAUCUUGGGAAAGAACUAUGCCCAAGUUCCUGAGCAUGGACCAUAAUAGCGCAGACAUACAGUGCCAGCGCUUCAGGCAUUCCUCCUACCGAGAGGGCGAGGGACCCAGAGAGGUUUGCAGCCGCCUCCACUCUCUCGGCCGCCAGUGGCUGAAGCCAGAGCAACACACCAAGGCGGAGAUGCUGGACCUGGUGAUCCUGGAGCAGUUCCUGAGCAUCCUGCCCCCAGAGAUGGGGAGCUGGGUCCGAGAGUGUGGGGCAGAGACCUCUUCCCAGGCGGUGGCCCUGGCGGAAGGCUUCCUCCUCAGUCGGGCCCAAGAGGAGAGGAAGCUGGAGAUGCCCCAGGUGCAGGAAUCUUUUGCUUAUGAGAACAACAAUGUGGAGAAGUCUCUUUCGGACACCAUUUGUGUUGUCGUGGUUGGAGGUGGAGAAUUCAUCCCAGUUGGCAAUGAAACAUGGCCAAAUGGUAGUAGCACAUCUUUUCACGAUUCCUUACUAAGAAGAUACUCCGAGAGACCGGAUCAGGUGACCUUUGAAGAUGUGGAUGUGGAUUUUACAGAGGAGGAGUGGGCCCUCUUGGAUCCUGGCCAAAGAGCCUUGUACCAGCAAGUCAAGGAGGAGAACUUGGAAAUCGUGUCCUUUCUUGAGGCGACACCAUUUAAAUCUUUGGAAUAUGGAAAGAAUUUCAGUUGGAAGGAACAGCUCACCUGUCAUCCAGCAAUUCACAGACCGGAUAAACCAUUUAAAUGUUUGGAGUGUGGAAAGAGCUAUUGUCACAAGAGACAUCUUAUUCGUCAUCGAUCAAUUCACACAGGGCAGAAACCAUUUAUAUGCUUCGAGUGUGGAAAAAUUUUCAGUCAGAAAUCACACCUUGUUGUUCAUCAAGCAACACACACAGGAGAGAGACCAUUUAUAUGCUUCGAGUGUGGAAAGAGCUUCAGUCAGAAGUCAAACCUUGUUGUUCAUCAGGCAACUCACACAGGAGAGAAACCCUUUAAAUGUUCAGAAUGCGGAAAGAGCUUCUGCCAAAAGAUACACCUUGUUCGCCAUCAAUACACUCACACAGGGGAGAAACCAUUUAUGUGUUCCGAGUGUGGAAAGAGCUUUAGUUGGAAGGCAUACCUCAUUCUUCACCAGACAACUCACACAGGAGAGAAACCAUUUAUGUGCUUGGAGUGUGGAAAGCGUUUCAGUCAGAAGUCACACCUUAUUUUCCAUCAGGGAACUCACACAGGAGAGAAACCCUUCAAAUGUUCAGAGUGUGGAAAGACAUUCAGUCGGAAGACAUCCCUUGUUCUUCAUCAGUCGACUCAUGGAGAGAAACCCUUAAUAUGCUCAGAGUGUGGAAAGAACUUCAGUCAAAAGGCAGAACUUGUUCGCCAUCAGGCAACUCACACAAGGGAGAAACCAUUUAUAUGCUCAGCAUGUGGAAAGAGCUUCAGUCAGAAGUCACACCUUGUUUUUCACCAGGGAACUCACACAGGGGAUAAACCAUUUAAAUGUUCUGAGUGUGGAAAGUGCUUCCGACGGAAAUCACACCUUGUUAUUCACCAGGGAACUCACACAGGAGAGAAACCAUUUAAGUGCUCAGAAUGUGGAAAGAGUUUUGGUCAGAAGGCACACCUUGUUCGACAUCAGGCAACUCACACAGGAGAGAAACCAUUUAUAUGCCUGGAGUGUGGAAAGAGUUUCAGUCAGAAGAGAAACCUUAUGAAUCAUCAAAUGUGUCACACGGUGGUGCAAGUAAAACUGGAGGAAGACGAGUUCCCUUUUUUUACAUCAGAGAUUCAGAAAGGUCCCGAAUCUUUGUCACAGAGCCACUGAGUUCAAAAUAUUGACUUUAAAAAAAUUAAUAACCUGAUGUCUCUCUUUGAAAGUAUACAUGUCUGUUUUAAAAAAUAGCAACCUGUAUUUCUGCUUCACAAAAUACAAGGUUUUUACAAAGCCAAAA